AUGGCUGAUGCAAGCAAUACUCGUGUUGGUGAUUCAAACAAGAGAAAUAAGGGUAAAAAACAGCGAGUUUGGACCGAAACAGAACUAAAAUAUUUUGCAGUUGCACUAGCAGACGAGAAGAAGCAGUACGCAGUUCAACUAGAAACACUCGCAUUGAAAAAGUCUGCAAAUUUGUGUGUAUACGAAGGUAUCGCAAAAGAUCUUGAAAAGCACUUAAAAUCUGACGAGUUCAAAGCAGAAAACCAACGGGAAAGAGAAGAGUCGAAGCGAAAAUUGAGAGAUACUGCCCUGGAAAUUACGCCACCUAGGCUUCGGGUCAAGUAUAAAUUUCUUAGAAGUCAAUGGCGAAAAUGUACAGAUCGUGUUAAAAAAGGAAGUGGAAAGGCACCGAUUGAUGAGCCAGAGUGGUUCACCAUCAUAAAUCCUGUAUUUUCUGAUACCUUUGGGGAUGUGGAUGUUGUUUCGUGUAGUGGCGAUGUACUUGUAUCUCACGACUCGGAUAAUUCAUUGACAGAUUCAGACAAAGAAAGUGAUGCAGUUGAUCGACCAGAUACACCUUUUAAUAACACCAGCGGCCUUAGCCUUGGAUCAACUUGGGGAGGGAGUGAUAAUAGUGAUGAUAAUGUCCUAGAAGCCAGCACAAACAGUAGUUCGUGUGGUAGCACCAAAAGGAAAUGUAAAGCUAAACUUGAAACCAAACCUUUUUUCAAAAGAGGGUUUUUAAGCCAAGCACAAGCAAUUCAAAAUAUGGCAAAGAGUUUUUCUGAUAUGGGGGAGAUGCAAGAGAAGCGAUCUGAAUUAAUUUCCAAAGCUGAGAAGAAAAGGCACGAUGAAUUUUUAAACUUUCAAAGAGAACAAGCAGAGCUCAACAGACAACAUGAACUGAAGAUGAUGGAAAUGGUCAUGAAAUACACUAGACCUAAUCAACCAGAACCUCCACAUCUUCAAGCUUCAAAUGUCCAAAUGGCUCAGCAACAACCAAUUCACAACAUGUAUCCAUAUAGUGGUUUUAAUUUCAUUCAACAUGAGUACCAAGUACCAACCACACAUGAUAGCACUGCUCUUACAGGGCUGGACACACCCGCAUCACGUCAGCACAGCCAACAUUGGUAUGGACAUAAUUAA